AUGGCAUAUGUUCGUCGAUGCAUUCAGGUGGCUUUGAUUCAAAGAAGAAGUAUAGUUGUUCUUGGUAUUGAGAGCAGUUGUGACGAUACUGCAGUGGCAUUAGUACGAGAUGACAAGAAAGUUUUAUCGUCGAAACGGUUUACAGAUCGUGAGACACAGCGAAAACUGGGAGGUAUUUCACCACGAGAAGUCGCACAACAACACAAAAUGCAUCUUCCUCUACUUUUGAGUGAGUGUCUGAAUGAAGCACAAUUGUCGGUAUCAGAUGUUGAUGCUAUAGCCGUCACUACGAGACCAGGGUUGGUCAUUGCAUUGAAAGAAGGAAUUCAAAAAGGACUUGAAUUAUCGAGGCAAUACAAAAAAGACUUCGUUGCUAUACAUCACAUGCGUGCCCAUGCAGUAUCGGCUUUUCUUAUUUGUGACAAUCUGCAGUUUCCUUUCCUGACCAUGUUAAUCUCAGGCAGUCAUGCACUGAUUGCGUUAGCACUGUCGUCGGAAAACUUCACUGUAUACGGUGAAAGUAUCUCAGGGAGUCCUGGAGAAUGUCUAGACAAAGUCGCAAGAGAACUCCAGCUAAAUGAUAUUGACGAAUUCCGUAACAUCCACCCAGGCGCAGCUUUGGAACAACUGGCGAGGAGAUGUUCUAGUAACGGUCAUUUGCGCUAUAGUGUUGCUGGACCUCACACUUCAGGAGCAGAUAUGAAUUUCUCAACGUUGAAAUCUUCUUAUCUCAACCUUAUUAGAAAGGAAAUAAACGGCGCAGGCUUUUCAAUGGAAGAUUUUUGCGCUAGUGUUCAGCAUCACGUUACUCGCCAUCUAGUUAAAAAACUACACAACUGCUUGGAAUACUUGACAGAUUCUGGUCAGUUAUCGUUUGUGCAGAAAUUGGUAAUCAGUGGUGGUGUGGCUGCAAACGAUUACAUUUGCAACGGUUAG